AUGCUUCCGUUCUGCUGCGUGACAUCGCGGGAGACGCAAGCCACCAAUGCCGCCUCUCACGUUCGACCCUCGGAGGAGCAGCUCAAUGAUAUUGACCGCCCCGCCGAGGACAACACGUGGCACGAUGCGCCCGACUUUUCCAAGGACAACAUGCGCAAACAAGCCCAGGGCCUGUACAAGGGUGAUGCCAAGAAGGACCUGAAGGACGUGACCACUGCCGGCACCCAGGCCGCUCACCCCACUGGAUCGAGCGACCCUCACGACCUCGCCCAGGCCGCUGCUCGCGACCAACAGCAGGGCACCAAUUCUGGUGUGAAUGCGCAGGCUGGCGUCUCCAACGCGAAGCAGACCCUCCAGGAGAAGGUUGACAAGAACGUCAACCCGGAGACCCAGGAGCAGAUAAAGAAGUCCAAGGAGGAGUACCGCCGCAAGGCUCGUGACUACCUCAGCAAGAAGGUGCCUGAGAACCGCCGUGAUCAAACCAUCUGGCGUCUCAAGAAGAUGGUUCUUGAGUGCCAACAGCACCCGGAUUACUCUCAGGCCAUCGAGACUCUGCUCAAUCUCGCUGAGGAGUAUGGUAGCCACUCGUGGGCCAUGGCCCAAGGCGGCUCUGGUACUGCCUUCGGUCAGUCCAUUCAGAAACUGUUCCAGGACCUCGGCAACGAUGAGAACGGCAAGCCCACCUUCAAGCCCCACCUCGACAAGGACCUUACAGAGGUCAUCGUUCCCGCUAUCUUUGAGAAUGCGGCCUACAUCCCCGUCCCACGCAUCGAGUACUCCGACCCUCAGUUCGAUGCCGUCAUCGAGAACCUGGUUCUCGAGUCGGACAACUUCAUGCCCAACGUCAUGAAGAUUAACACUGAGCACCACUUCCGCUGGAGCCGCAAGAAGAUUGCCAACAAGAACAAGCAAGUGUUCGACAUCAAGGUUUCCGGUAUUCAGAUGGAUCUCCGUGAUGUGAGCUACCACAUUGCUCGCAAGCAGGGAUUCCCCUCGAUCACCGACACCGGUGUUGCCGACUUCAUUCUUGCUGGCGACGGUUUCUCCUUCAAGGCCAAGUGCGCCACGGCCGACAAGUCUGAUCGCCAAAACUUCUUCAAGAUCGAGAAGGUCGAUGUCGACAUCAAGAAUAUGAGCAUCAAGCUGAAGCAGUCCAACCACAAGCUUCUCUUCAACCUCUUCAAACCCAUCAUGAUGAAGGUCAUCAAACCCGCCCUGCAGAAGGCUGUUGAGAAGAGCCUCAAGGAUCAGGCCAACCAGCUUGACCAGCUGCUCUACCAGAUCAAGCAGGAGGCUGACCGUGCCCUUGACGAGGCUCGCUCCGAUCCCGAGCGCACGCCCAACAUCUACAACCGCUACUACACGGCCGCCCAGAAGCGCGCCCUGCAGCAGAAGCAGAAGGCAAAGGACAUUGUUCAGGACAAGAAGGUCAACGUCGCCAUGACCAAGGAGGACAGCAUCUUCCCCAACAUCAACCUUCCUGGAGGCAUCAGCACCAAGGCCACCGAAUACAAGGAGCUCGCUCGCAAGGGAGAUCGCUGGGAGAGCCCUGUCUUCUCCAUUGGCAAGGCUAGCAAGUCGAAUGACAUCCCCGUCGCUCCUAAGAUUCAGCGCAAGUCCCAUGGCCCCAUGAGCUCUCCCAAGACGGGCGCCCAGCCUACUUCGGAUCAGGGAUACUCCAACCGACAGGCCGACGGCAGCCAGGGUUACGCCAACAACCAGACCUACGCCACGGGUCAGGGUCUCGGCGGUCAGACCUACGGCACACAAGGCCAGGGUCUUGACGGUCAGGGCUAUGGAGGUCAAGCCCUCAGCGGCUCUGCCCUUGCCGGCCAGGGUAUCUCUGCCCAGGCACUCGGCGGACAGGGCCUUACUGGCCAGGGCAUCAUCGGCGGCCAGAGCCUCACCAGCGAUGGCCUGACCAGCCAGAACCCCAACUCUCAGACUGUUCCUCUUGGCCACGCCGGCCAGGAGUCUCCUUUGUUCACCCGCUGA